UGUAUAUGCUUUCCAUGCUCCGCCGUCGUCUGUCUCUUGAACACAUUCUCUCAAUUUCGCCCCAAUUGAGUAAACAAACUGAAUCAGAAAAAGUUAACACAACUCCGUUUCAGUUUAUGGAAAUAAUUGGUUGGAUUUGAUGAUUUCAUCGUAAUCGAAUUGGAAAUCGGAUCGCUUUCGCUACUCUCGCUCUUCAACCUCCUCCAGCCUAGGAUUUGUCGGAGACUUUUUGAGGUGGUUUUGUAGAUUUAGCUGUUAAAAUGGCAUCGGCACCUGGAGCCACAGGAUGGUUGAGGGGAACAGUAAAAGCUGUUUCAUCUGGUGACUGCUUGGUGAUAAUGGGGAACACGAAGGCUGAGAUUCCCCCAGAGAAGACAAUCACUUUGUCUUCAUUAAUGGCUCCUAAGUUGGCUCCCCGAAGAGGUGGGCUUGAUGAGCCAUUUGCAUGGCAGAGCAGAGAAUUCUUGAGGAAGCUUUGCAUUGGAAAGGAGGUCACUUUCAGAGUGGAUUACACUGUACCAUCCAUUAAUCGGGAGUUUGGCUCUGUUUUCCUUGGGGAUAAGAAUGUGGCUUUGCUCGUGGUUUCAGGAGGCUGGGCAAAGGUUAGGGAUCAAGGUCAACAGAAAGGAGAAGCCAGUCCUUACUUGGCAGAUCUGCUUCGCCUUGAAGAGCAGGCCAAGCAGCAAGGUCUUGGUCGAUGGAACACGACCCCAGGUGCUGCCGAGGCAGCCAUUAGGGACCUGCCUCCUUCAGCAGUUAGCGACCCUGGUAGUUUUGAUGCUAUGGCUCUAUUGGCUGCUAAGAAGGGCAGUCCUUUGGAGGCUAUUGUCGACCAGUGUCGUGAUGGAAGCACGCUCCGUGUUUAUUUGCUUCCUGACUUUCAAUAUGUCCAAGUGUUUGUUGCUGGGAUUCAGGCUCCGUCUGCUGGCAGAAGAGCUGCAGCAGAAUCUGCCAUUGCUACUGAGGUAAUGCCUACUGAACAAAAUGGAGAUUCAACAACUGAAGGCUGUGCUCCUUUAACAUCUGCACAGAGGCUUGCUGCAUCAUCGGCAUCAGCUAAUGAAGUUCCUGCAGAUCCCUUUGGGAAAGAAGCCAAGCAUUUCACAGAAAUCCGUGUGUUGCACAGAGAUGUAAGGAUUGUAUUGGAGGGUGUUGACAAAUUUAGCAAUCUUACUGGUUCAGUAUACUAUCCUGAUGGUGAAUCAGCAAAGGAUUUGUCUUUGGAGCUUAUUGAACAUGGUUUAGCAAAAUAUGUCGACUGGAGUGCAAGCUUGCUGGAAGAUGAGGCCAGACGGAGGUUGAAGAAUGCAGAACUUCAAGCAAAGAAGUCGAGGUUAAGAAUCUGGACAAAUUAUGUCCCCCCAGCAACCAACUCAAAGGCCAUUCAUGACCAGAACUUUACAGGAAAAGUGAUUGAAGUUGCAAGUGCAGACUGUAUUGUUGUUGCUGAUGAUUCCUUGCCAUUUGGAGAUCCUGCUGCAGAGCGGCGAGUCAAUCUCUCAAGUAUACGGGGACCUAAAAUGGGAAAUCCUCGUAGAGAUCAAAAACCUGAUCCAUAUGCUCGUGAUGCUAAGGAAUUCCUGAGGACACGCCUAAUUGGUCGUCAGGUGAAUGUUUCUAUGGAAUAUUCCAGGAAGGUUGGCCUGACAGAUGGAGGUGCUGCUCCGGCUGGGUCUGGAGACACAAGGGUAAUGGAUUUUGGAACUGUCUUUAUUGCUAAUCCGUCUCAGGAUGGGGAUGCUGCUGCUGCUGCUGCUGCUAACCAAACAAAUGGGGUUAAUAUUGCCGAGCUUUUAGUUGCUCGUGGUUUUGCCACUACUGUUAGGCAUCGAGAUUUUGAGGAGAGGUCAAAUUAUUAUGAUGCCCUCUUAUCUGCUGAAUCACGUGCUAUUUCUGGGAAGAAAGGUAUGCAUUCUGCUAAAGAUCCUCCCACCAGGCAUAUGACAGAUCUUCUAACGGCUAAUGCAAAGAAAGCGAAAGACUUCCUACCAUUUUUGCAACGCAAUAGAAGGAUGUCUGCUGUUGUCGAAUAUGUUCUCAGUGGACACCGAUACAAAAUAGAUAUCCCUAAGGCAACAUGCAGUAUUGCAUUGUCGUUGUCUGGUGUCAGAUGCCCUGGCCGUGGCGAGCCUUAUUCGGAAGAAGCCAUUGCAUUUAUGAGGCGGAAAAUAAUGCAGAGGGAUGUUGAGAUUGAAGUCGAAACUGUUGAUAGAACUGGAACCUUUUUGGGAACCAUGUGGGAGUCUAGAACCAAUGUGGCAAUACCACUUUUAGAGGCGGGUUUGGCUAAACUUCAAACUUCCUUCGGCCUCGAUAGGAUCCCAGAAGCUCAUCUCCUGGUUCAAGCCGAGCAAUCAGCAAAACAGAAGAAGUUGAAGAUAUGGGAGAAUUAUGUUGAGGGAGAGGAAGUUACCAAUGGUACAUCUGUUGAAAGAAGACAAAAAGAGGAGUUUAAGGUUAUGGUGACGGAAGUCUUGGAAGGUGGUAAAUUUUAUAUUCAGUCAGUUGCUGAUCAGAAAGUGGCCGGCAUACAGAACCAGCUUGCUUCAUUAAGCCUUCAAGAAGCUCCUGUAAUUGGUGCCUUUAAUCCUAAAAAGGGAGAUAUUGUGCUGGCUCAGUUCAGUGCUGAUAAGUCUUGGAAUCGUGCAAUGAUUGUUAAUGCUCCACGUGGUGCUGUGGAAUCUGCAAAUGACAAGUUUGAGGUUUUUUACAUUGAUUACGGGAACCAAGAAAUCGUCCCCUACAGCCAGUUGCGUCCUCUUGAUGCUUCGGUGUCUGCUGCACCAGGCCUUGCUCAGCUAUGCAGCCUGGCAUUCAUCAAGGUUCCCAGCUUGGCAGAGGACUAUGGUCAAGAAGCAGCGAUCCGUUUGAGCGAACACCUAUUGAGCACUCCUAAAGAAUUUAGAGCCAUCAUAGAAGAGAAGGACACGUCAGGUGGAAAAGUGAAAGGACAGGGCACGGGCACUGUCUUUUUGGUAACUCUGGUUGAUAGCGAGUCUGAGACGAGCAUCAAUGGAGUUAUGCUACAGGAGGGACUGGGUCGGUUGGAGAAAAGGCGUAGAUGGGAGCCUAAGGAUAAGCAACAGGCGAUGGACGAACUGGAAAAAUUCCAGACGGAAGCCCGGGAGAAGAGACUAGGGAUGUGGGAGUAUGGAGACAUUGCGUCUGAUGAUGACGAAGCACCUCCACUAAGGAAAGCUGCCGGAAAGCGGUGAGAAGUUGGUAUGUGUCGAGCCUGUACUUAGAUGCUAACACCAAUGAAAAUGGAGAGAGACUACAGGCUCAGAGGAGGAACAUACAAAAUAGUCAAAAGGCUUCAAACUUUUACUUGUAACUUACCGAAUUUCAUGACUCUUGUUUUUGGUAGCUGAGCGAACAAUUUUGUUUUCUUUAUUACUUAUUAUUCAGUUAUAGACACCACCCUUAAUAAAGCAAGCUAAGACUCUUCUUUAGAUAUA